AUGCAAAGUUCCCUAAAGUCUAAAUUAGGUCCAAAAUUGGAAAGAAAAGAUGUGGAGAAAAAUAGAAGGAAGUAUAUGAAGAAUCUAUGUAAUCAACUUUAUUCAUUGAUCCCUUCUACUAAUGCUUCUACCCCUAAGGAAACAAUGGCAGUGCCAGAUCAAAUAGAUGCAGCAAUUAGAUACAUAGAAAGUUUGAAAAUGAAUUCGGAGAAGAACAAAAAAUCAACCCCUCAGAUUGAAUUCCAUGAAAUGGGACCAAAAAUUGUCGUGGUUUUAAUAAUUGGCCUAGAUAAUAUAGCCACUUUUAAUAAUAUUAUUCGAUUAUGCUAUGUGGAAGGUGUUGAAGUUGUGUCUACAAAAUUUGAACUCAAUGGAAACUCUACACUACAAAUUUCUCAUGAAACUAAGGUGGAGAUGAUUAACAUAAAUUCAAAUUCAAAAAUGGAAUUUAGAGGUACAACUUUAUGUAAUAACAUGAAGGAGUUGAUUUAUGGAGCAUCUUGCAGCAAUGAUAUGGAAUAUUCCCAAAUACAUUUAUGGGACUACAUAAUUGAAUGUGAUGCAUUAGAGGUAUUAAAAACUCCAAGUCAAAACCAAAACAUGCAAAAUGUUCAAGAAACUUCUAGCUCUUUCUGGGACUAA